GGUUACUUCUGGUUCUGACACUACGAACUGUUGCAACUGGCCAACUUUUCAGCUGUGUCUCAGGUCAAAAGUCAAAAGACCUUUUUUCGUCAUUUAAACUUUUUUACAGUUAAUUGUAAAGAUUAAUAAUAAACAGUCAUGCUGAGCAGGUACGGGAUGUUUUUGAAAUCAUCAUCGAGGCUACUUCUCAAUGCUGCACAGGCAAACAAGAUGUCAACUGCAACCGAUUAUACAACGCUCAAAAUCUCUUCACCUAAGCCUUUUGUCUACCAUGUUGAGCUAAACAGACCAGAUAAACUAAAUGCAAUGAGCCAUGAAAUGUGGUUAGAAAUUGGACAGUGUUUCAAUUCUCUAAAUAAUGAUGAAGACUGCAGAGUCGUACUUUUGUCUGCUGCUGGGAAGGUUUUCACCGCAGGUCUUGAUUUCAAUUCAAUGACCCAAAUCGCUCCUAAAUUGGCUGAAUUUGAAGAUGUGGCCCGAAGGUGCAAAAUCUUAAAGGAAAUGAUUGUCACAUAUCAAAAUAGCAUCACCUCACUUGAAAAGUGUUUAAAACCAGUCAUCAGCCUUGUCCACAGUGCUUGCAUUGGAGGCGGAGUUGAUCUCAUAACAGCAGCUGAUAUCCGGUACUGCACUGAGGAUGCCAUAUUCCAAGUCAAAGAAGUUGACAUAGGCAUGGCUGCUGAUGUCGGGACAUUGCAAAGGCUGCCGAAAGUAACCGGCAAUACCAGCCUUGUUAAUGAAUUGGCCUUCACUGCUAGGAAACUAGAGGCACAAGAGGCCAAAGAAUUUGGUUUGGUCAGUCGAGUUUUUAAAGACAAAGAAAGCAUGAUGCAGUUUGGAGUUCAAUUAGCAGAUGAGAUUGCCCAAAAGAGCCCCCUUGCAGUGCAGGGCACUAAAAGGAGUCUUGUUUAUUCUCGUGAUCACUCUGUCCAAGAAGGACUAGACCACAUUGCUGACUGGAAUCAGACAAUGCUUCAGAGUGAAGAUUUUAUGAACGCUAGUGUCGCACAAGCGACAAGAAGCUCACCGCCAGUGUUUGCAAAAUUGUGAAACUUAUCAGGAAUUGGUCCAAUAUUGAAAUAUUAUUGCAUUGUAUAUCA